AUGACAAGCGAAAGUGAUGAGAAGUUGAUGCUGACCAACGGCGUGGAUUCACCGUCCACCGACGAAGCCAACAGCGGAGGGCCAAAUGCGGAAAAUCACGGGCAGCUUAAAAAGGGCCCGUGGACCUCAGCAGAGGACGCGGUUCUAAUAGAAUACGUCACCAAGCAUGGGGAAGGCAACUGGAAUGCGGUCCAAAAGAACUCGGGCCUGUCCAGAUGCGGGAAAAGCUGCCGUCUGAGGUGGGCCAAUCACUUGAGACCGGAUCUUAAGAAAGGGGCUUUUACCCCCGAGGAGGAGCGUCAUAUAAUUGAGCUUCAUGCAAAGAUGGGGAAUAAAUGGGCCCGAAUGGCCGCUGAGUUACCGGGCCGCACGGACAACGAGAUAAAAAACUUCUGGAACACCCGGAUCAAACGAAGGCAACGUGCAGGCCUACCCAUCUACCCGCCGGACAUCUCCCUGGAGGCCCUGCCCAACGAAAACAUGGACGAGCCUCCGGCCCCUGAUGGGCCCCACCACCCGGACUACCUCCCCGUGAGCACCUUGAUCAACAUACCAUCCGUGGAGUUCAAGGGUCUGGAGCUGGGGCGGCAGCACUACCUUUAUCAUCAUCAUCCAUCUCUCGACAUCGCCAUGCCCUUCCUCGACCACUACAACAACACCAAGCCCUUUCCCACGGGCAUGGCUUUCCACCCGUGCAAGCGGCCCCGCGGCCCUGAACCCCUCUUCCCUCCCUUGUACCACCAAAACUCCUUUGUUUUUCCACACUAUGAACAAAACUCGACUCUUCAUAAUGUCGAGCUCCCUUCACUCCAAACCCACGGGGGCUCACCUUGUCCCGACCCCCCGUUGCCCUUCUUCGAGCCGCCUGACGUCCUCAUCCAGGAUGACCGCGCGCCCGGGCCCGCCUCCACCAAUGGCCUCCUCGAGGAUGUCCUCUACGGCUCCGAGGCCCUCAGGACCAAACCCCCCUUCUUCGGGCAUAGCCUCGACUCGAACCGUGCCCUUGGCGCUGGCAGGACCCACUGGGAGGAGCAGCUCUCACCCCCCCUCGGCCACUCCCCUUCAUCCGUCUUCAGCGAGACCGGGCCCAUCACUCCCACUUCCCUCGAUGAUACCGACUUGCCAGUUAAAGAGGUAGCAAGCAAUCUGGGCCCGGUUCAAUACGAGGUAAAAGUUGAGGAAGCAAACCCGAUGAUCUUCUCAAGGCCCGAUUAUUUGCUCGCCUCGAGCUGUCUGGGUCCGAUGAAAUGCCCCACCACUAACGACCAUUCAUUGCUGGAGAAUGCGAUGGGGAAACUUCUCGGCGAUGAUUUGAACAAAGACUGCAAGCAAAUGGACACGGGCUCGAGUUCGUCGGCCCAAGGACGAGGCCGUAACUCUUGCGCAUGGAAUCCUAUGCCGACUGUCUAG